AUGACUGAGUUCGACGAAAAAUUCAACAACAUAGUCAUUGAACUCUCAACCCUGGGAAAGGUAUAUAGGAACAAAGAAGUUGUUAUCAAAGUUAUGAGAGUUUUGCCUAGAGAAUGGGAUAUCAAAACGAUAGCUAUGAAGGAAUCUAAGGACCUCAACAAGAUCGAGCUAUAUGAUCUAUUUAUCGAUCUAAAUGUCUACGAGUUUGAGAUAAACUCAAGGAAUGAGGAGGAGGAGUCCACCUCCAUCACAACUCAAGCAUUGGUGACUGCUGAAGAGCCACCUGCUUCGACAUCUGUCAAGUCUGUUGAACAAAUCAACGACGAUGCAAUGCCAUUAUUUGUCAAAAAGUUUGAAAGAAUUAAUCUUUUCUAUUUAAACAAUUUGCAGAAAGUAAAAUGGGGAGAAGUGAACAUGAUCGAAGCGGAGCGUCGCCUCCUAGCGAACGCCCUCCUCGACUUAUCGAACGAACGAUUCGUCCUCUUAUCGGAAGCAUGCAUUCCUCUUUACAAUUUCCCAACAGUUUACUCCUACCUAAUAAACACGACCCAAAACUUUGUGGAAUCUUAUGAUCUCGCUGGUGCAGUGGGCCGGGGCCGAUACAACAACCGAAUGAUCCCAAUCGUCACAAUCGAUAAAUGGAGAAAGGGCUCCCAAUGGUUCCAAAUGGGCAGGUCUCUAGCUUUGGAAGUUGUAUCCGAUUGCGUUUACUUCCCAGUUUUCCAAAAACAUUGUAGGGGACAAUGUUACUCAGACGAGCAUUACUUGCCGACAUUUGUAACCACGAAAUUUGCGGAGGGGAACUCGAAUAGGACUUUGACGUGGGUUGAUUGGGAGAAAGGAGGGCCUCAUCCGACUAGGUUUGUGGGGAAGGAUGUGAGUGUGGAGAUGUUGGAGAAUAUGAGGGUAGGAAGUAAAUGUGAGUAUAAUGGGAAGGGGACUAGUUUUUGCUACAUGUUUGCUAGGAAGUUUGCACCGGAUGCCCUUCAAAGCUUGUUGAGGGUAGCCCCAAUGCUUAUGGGGUUUGUUUCUUAAU